GCGUGGAAGGUGCUGCUAGAAAAGCUGUGGAAAUGGCACACGAGACGCCCAACUGAGAUUCAUGCCCUGGUGGACGCCGAAGACCGCGAAGCUUCUUUUCCUACUAUUAUCUUUACGAGCAGCGCCGGUGUGUCCGCCAACAUCACUUAUCAUACUUCAAUGUUGUUACUAUUCAGUCACCAGCCCUGUGCGAUUUCGCCCGUUGAUUGGCACAGCAUGACAGGAGCGGAUGAGGCCCAGAUGUCGCCUCUCUGGCAUGCACGGCGCGUGUGUGGCAUUGCCCUCAACAGUGACCCGGAGCACACAAAGUGCUGGGAUCCGUGUUUGAUUGCCGCCUUCACACUGGCGGCCCAGCAGAUGACGCAUCCAGCCCAACAAACUGAUCUUCUUGCCUGCCUGGAUCGAGUUCGUGCGGCAGGUUGGCACAUUGAUGGACUAGUUCGAAAGCUGCGUGAGCACUGGGGCCGAUCGAUCAAUGAU